GCUAGUUGGUGUGUCCGAAGCCGUCGGGCACGGCGACAGAGAACUUGUGUGUGUGAGCGACGCUGGCCGUAUGGGCGCCGCAGGGAGAGAAGCCGAGGAGCUGCAGAGACAACCAGUUCUCAGAGUGGGGAGGGACUUAGUGCGAGAGAAACCACCUGGGUUCCCAUCCCCGAGCGGACCAGGGAGGGGCUUUCCGGGCCCGCGACGUCAGCGCAGCAACGACGGACCCCGCUGCGACGGCAGCAGGCGAGGGAUCCUGCCCGGCUCCGCGUCGGCUGCUCUCGGUGACUUGACUUCUUGGCUAGCCACCGGGGAGGCAGGGCUUGCGAUAUCAGGACCUGUCAUUUACUCCAUCAUUUAUAGUGAUGCUACAGGACAGAGAGGAAUGGAUAAAAACAUUGGCGAGCAACUCAAUAAAGCUUAUGAAGCCUUUCGACAGGCAUGCAUGGAUAGAGAUUCAGCAGUAAAAGAGCUACAGCAAAAGCAGACUGAGAACUAUGAGCAGAGAAUACGUGAGCAACAGGAACAGCUGUCACUUCAACAAACUAUUAUUGACAAGCUAAAAUCACAGUUACUUCUUGUGAAUUCCAGUCAAGAUAACAGUUAUGGCUGUGUUCCCCUGCUUGAAGACAGUGAAGCAAGGAGGAAUAAUUUGACUCUGGAUCAGCCACAUGAUAACGUAAAAUCACGAAUACCAAAAGAAAAAGAAUCAAAGGUAAGAAGACAAGAGGUUUCUUCUCCAAGAAAAGAAACUUCACCAAGGAGUCUUGGCAUUCCUUUAUUCCAUGAAAGAGGUUAUAUAGAGAAGACUUUCCGGGAUCUGAAAGAAGAAUUUCAUAGAAUAUGCAUGCUAGCCAAAGCACAAAAAGACCACUUAAGCAAACUUAAUGUACCAGCCGCUGUAACUGAGACACAGUGCUCUGUGCCUAUACAGUGUACGGAUAAAACAGAUAAACAAGAAGUGCUAUUUAAGCCUCAGGCAAAAGAUGAUAUAAAUAGAGGUGCACCAUGCAUCACAUCUGUCGCACCAAGAGGAUUGGGCCAAGAUGAGGAAGACACCUCUUUUGAAUCACUUUCUAAAUUCAAUGUCAAGUUUCCACCUACGGACAGUGACUCUACUUUCUUACAUAGCAGUCCAGAAAGACCCAGUGUCCUUGGUCCUGCCUCAUGUGAGGCUAUGUGCCAGGAUAAAUUUAAUAUGGAGCCCAGAGACAACCCGGGAAACUUUGUCAAAACAGAAGAAACUUUAUUUGAAAUUCAGGGAAUUGACCCCAUAGCUUCAGCUAUACAAAACCUUAAAACAACUGACAAAACAAAACCCUCAAAUCUUGUAAAUACUUGUAUCAGGACAACUCUGGAUAGAGCUCCGUGUUUGCCACCUGGAGACCAUAAUGCAUUAUAUGUAAAUACAUUCCCACUUCAGGACCCAUCUGAUGCACCUUUUCCUUCACUCGAUUACCCAGGAAAAGCUAUCCGAGGACCACAGCAGUCUGUGCAUUCAUGUUUCAGUAGAUGGCACCCUGCAUUGUGCAUUUGCUUUCUAGGCUACAGCAAGGGAAACAGCUGGUAUGUGAUUACAACUUGAUGGAAAAGUAUUCAGCUUAAAAAAUGCAGGAGAAUUGGUGUUGAGCUGUCACAAGACGUGGGGCAUAAGGUUAGAUAAUUGAUAUUUUGGCAGAAAGGCAAAGAAAUUUGUUUGUUUUGAAGGCCAUGUUACAGUUUAGGAUUCAAAGGAUAUUUCUUAAAAUGGGUUUUUUAAAACAUUUUGUUGUUUUAUUUUAAUAAAGCUAUGAGAAAUACAAAAUUCUUGAGUUGUCAAUAAUAACAAAGGGAAGUGAAAUUUUGGUUUCAUAUUUCAAAUUUUUACUUUUAUCUCAAUCAUUACUACUUAACACCUUUUUUUAUACAUUCAGCUAUCAUAAUAAAGUCUAAAAUAUACCUGCUUAUUUUUGCUCUAUGUGAUUUUCUUUUCUUCCUACUUUUGCUGAGUCAGUGAUUGGGGUCCCAACUGAAUUCUAUGAAAAGCUCAAAUCCGAACUAAUAGCUCCUAAUAGAGAAGGAUAAGUAUGGACUUUGAAAAUAAAUUGGCAGUAGAAGAUUGGCUCAUCCAAUUUAGAAGCUAAAUUGCUUCUGAGUCUAUUACUAUUUUAUAGAUCUUAAUUUAAAGUAUCUUUAACAUAACAAUCUUUUAUUUAUAUCCAUAUCAAUUUCCCAUUAGAGUGGUGCAUAUUAAUCAAUUGUACUUUUUGUUUAAACUGCCAACACUAAAAUUUAAAUCUAGUUAACUCUGUUAUAUACUCACAAUUAUUACUUCUUUUCUUUUAUCAUGGAAGAGAGGAAAUUAUUUUACUCCAGAUUUCAAAUAUGUAUUUUAAUAUUACUGUUUUUUGUAAUAAAAUUGCCACUUCUCACAAAAGUAUUUGAGUCAGUGUUAUUAUACACCCUCUGUACUGAUAUUUGAAUGUUAUCUUGGUGCUUAGACAGACUUUGUAUAUUUACAUCAACCGUACACAGCUGUCCACUAAAAUGUUUAUAAGAAGACAGUGAUGUAGUGAAACCCAAAUGCUUCAAUUAGUAAUAUACUGUUUAUGUAAUGAUUGGUUAACUAGGAUGAAAGAGAUUGGUUAAGGGAAUGUAAACUAACACUAUGUCAGGAGUUGAACUAGGUUGUUAUUUUAAAAGCAUAUUAGUAACAGGAAUACAAAGGGGUCUCUUUAAGUUGGCAUUUCGAGGUGAUUUUUCCUCAAAGUGCCAGAAUUUAGAUAUGUCAAGAUAAGAAAGCAAAUUUUAGAAAUAAUUUGGUUUACAACAUUUCAGGAAAAUAAGAUAUUCCAGUCAACAAACAUAUAUUGAGCACCUACUCUUGAACUAAAUGCUUUUUCUGGCCCUUCUAGAUAUUUUUUAAUAAGUACAGUUAAGAGUAUGUAGGUGUUGCUUAUAGUAAUGGAGGUAGCUCUGUAGAAUUAUGCUUCCCAUAAUCCUUUAACUGGCAACUGUUGACAGGCUUCACUUUAGUUAGCCACAAGAAAGGGUAAGAAGGCCAAAGUAUGUGCUUGUAACAGGAGCAAAAUAAGAAGUCAAAAGAAUGCAUCCAAUGUUGGACUUUGUUGAACGAUUAAAUAUUUGAGGUUUCAAAAAACAACUGAUCAAUAGAAUUUGUUUCAUACUUUAAAAAAAUUAUUUUCAAAAAUUAGAACACUUAUUUCUAUAUGAUUUAUUCAUUGUGUAUUUGCUUAUAAAUAGUAGCGAAAUUACAUUGCUCUUGAUCAAAAUGCACGUACACACACAUCAUUUCUAGUAUGCUGUGUAUUAAUAAAGGUCCUAUAACUUAAAGUUCCAAUAUAAAAUAGAAGAGAUAGAAUUUAAUUUUUUUAAAGUCUCAGUUAUUGACUAUUGUUCCAAAACUCCAAAACCCGUUGGGAUAACGGGUAUUAAAACAUGCUGGUGUUAAA